CUAGUGUGAGGACGCACUCAGUUUAGUGGCGUUAACUGAUGUUUCGUUUUUCUUUUUGUAUUUGCCGUUUUUCUUCAUCUGUGAAUCUAUGCGCUUCUUUUUGCCUUCUGUAUGUGAAAGGGAUAAUUAGCUCGAUACACUCGUGUAAGUCAUGGAAUAUAGAUUUUGAAAAAGAAGGAAGAGAAGGAUGGAAUGUAGACUUCUUUUUUUCUUCCUUCUUUUUUUAAAUGUAGAAUGCAAAAUCAACUAGGGGCAAAAAAAAAAAAAAUUGUAAAAAAAAAAAAAAAAAAAAAAAAAGAGAUUUACGGUUGAACCACCGCUCGGGCACAUGGGCUGGUGUCCAUCGAGAGGUCGGGAUCCCGCUUCGGGAAAUGUGCGACCAGAUGGAGCAUAAACGAAGGAGAAAGACGAGGCUCAGGAGAAGCAAGGAGGAGGAGGAGAAGAAAGCAGGGGGAGGAGGAGGAGGAGGAGGAGGAGGAGGAGGUGGGGACCACAGACAGAAGCAUCAGCAUCAGCAUCAGCUGGACGAGGAUGUGGAGGACGAGGAGGAGGUAGCGGAGAACGAAAAGGCAAUCCCGAUCCCGAUUACGAGAAGGGGGUAUUUAAUUCCGAAAUUGGAGGAUUUGGAUCAGAAGCCCCUUUUCAUUUCUAUGAUGACUACUGCUGCUACUGCUGGUAGCGAUUUGCAUCGUACAUCGUUCGAUUCUUCCGAGUGUCCCGGCAAACGACACGUGGAUGCUGACGUGGAUGCUUGUCAGCGAUCAUCCAGUUGUGAGCAGACCUGGCAGGCCAUCAGCGGAGCAGCAGCCUCAGAUCGGAUCCUGGCUGCCCCCUCACCUAGUGAGCUUGGUUACGCUAAGCGUUGUGGAUUGCGUCGUGGCUGCCACGUGGACGACUCCCGUUUUGGCGGGAGUGAUGACACCCUCGUUGCCCGUUGCCACGUGGCACCAACAGUGCAAGAAUGGCGGGAAAUGAUUCCAAAAUGGCGGGAAAUGAUUCCAAAAUGGCAGGAAAUCCUUCUGAUUGACCCGCCUUUCGUGGACUUGUACACCGAGACUGGUUUUGAGCGUCUUCCGGAUAAGCAGGCUUAUGCUUACGUGGCAAGUUUUCCGUACAUGGCCAAGCAACUUUUGGCGGGAUGGAAGGGCAAGAAUCUGUCAGCGACCAUCGCCGGCAAAAUCGACGUGGAGGGCAAAAAACGGUCAAACGUUGACUCGACGUCCACGUGCUGGGAGAAUUUCCUCGAUCUUGUCGCCUUAUCUCUCGAGGAUAAAAGGUUGUCGCUGGCGGAGAUUUUCGUUGACUACAACGCGGCUUGCCAGAUCUCGCCCGAUCUGCGGCGGAGAGGGACGCAUGAGACCUCCUGCUUACGUGGAUGGAUAAGCUUGAUCCUCGAAAAUUUGGCGGGAAAUGUGGCGGCCAAUCAGUCCUUGAAGCGUCUGGUCAUCCACAUGCCGUGGGAUUUUCACAUGGUGGACAGCGAUUGUCUGACGUCGAUUUGUCGUUAUCUGAGUCACGAUUACUGCAGGCUUCGACACCUGGAUCUGGGGGACAGCGUGUCGAGGACAAGCGAUUUGGCGGGAGAUUGCGUGGUCGGGAUCUUGGCCCACGCGCACUCGCUCAGAACCUUGCGGAUAGACAGGUGGGACCUCGUCGCGGAUGGUUCAUUCCCCCUGCUCCAGUUUCUGGCCACUCACAGCAGAGGCCUGCUGGAGUCAAUCCUGUACGGAACCAAGUUAUCGUCCAAGUUUCCAUGGAAGAUCGGGAUCCCAUCACAGAAAACUGCACAGCAGAAGAUGGAACAUGGAAACGAGGCGAGGAGGACAGACGGUAACAAGCAACAGCAUCAGCCGCGGCUGCAGCCGCAGAAGAAACAGCAGCAGCAGGAGGAGGAGGAGGAGGAGGAGAAGGAGAAGGGAACCGCGAUUCCGAUCACAACGGUGAGAUCGAAUGGGAUCGCGUCAGCGACGACCGAUGCGACGACACUGGAUCGGGAUACCACUUCCGGUUCCGAUCAGCAGCAGCAGCAGCGGCAACAACAACAGCAACAGCAGGAGCAGGAGCAGGAGAUGGGAGAUGAUGAUAACACGAUAAUUGGGAAUGGGCUUGGGAUCCCGAUUGCAGAUUUGGUACGGAUCACAAUCCCAGUGGGGCAACAGAGCAUGACCAUGUUGACGUCAGCACAGCAUUCGGGCGGACAACGGAAGCAGCAGCAGGGAAAGGACAUCGUCGCCAAGGAGGGACUCCGACGAUGGCUGCUAAUUCCGUCUCUGACGCUGAAAGGCGAAGGGGAAUUGAAAUCCGAGCUCAUCGAAAUGCGAGUUGAGAAGCAGCAGCAGCAGCAGCAGCAGGAGAAGGAGGAGGAGGAGGAGCAGACGAAGGAGCAGGCCAGAGCAGACGGAGGAACAGGCCGGAGCAGACCCGCUCCCGACGAAUGGGACCACCGUAUCCAACACUACAGGGUGCAAAAGCUGACCCAGCUUAUUAAUAUGUACCGUGAGGCCCUUUUUAACCCUUUCAUGAUCGGCCUGGAAUACCCUCCCGGUGCCUGUCGAUGGGUCAGCGGCGAUGACACGUUGUUGGCGUCACCAGUGCAAGGCUGGGCCCAGAGGAGGGGGAUGAAACCAGGCCGCCCAGGUGCGGAUGUAUCCUUUCCGGAGCUGUCUGGCUCUCUGCCUGGUUCUAACUGUCCCAGUCCCAACUCUUCUGGUCCUGAUUCUGCCAGUCGGGACUCUUCCGAUCCCGGUUCGUCCGGUGAUGCGUUAGGAUCUGAUCCUGCUUCCGGUUCUGGUUCUGGUUCUGGUCCUGAAUUUGGGUCUGGUUCUGGUCCUGAAUUUGGGUCUGGUUCUGGUUCUCGUCCUGGUCCUGGUUCCGGUUCGGUUCCUCUUCAUCGCGGUCCUAAUUCUGUUCCGGGUCCUUGUGUUUCGGACCGUGGAUCUCCAUCUGUUCCUGGUUCUGGUCCUGGUUCUGCUCGUGGCUCUGCUCCUCGCUCUACCCCCGGUUCUGCACCUGGUUCUGCUCCUGGUUCUGGUUCUCGUGCCCUUUCUUCCACUCCCGUUCCUGGUCCUGUUCCUGGUCCUUGUGCAUCUGACAACGGAUCUUCAUCUGGUUCUGGUUCUGCUCGUGGCUCUGCUCCUAGCUCUACCCCUGGUUCUGCUCCUGGUUCUGGUUCUCGAGCUCUUUCUUCCCCUCCYGUUCCUGGUCCUGUUCCUGGUCCUUGUGCAUCUGACAGCGGAUCUUCAUCUGGUCCUGUUUCUGCUUCUGAGGCGGAUCUAUCAAUGCCGAGGUUGGUCUUUGGCAGUCUUCGCGAUGGAACUCUCGUUAAGGAAGAAGGACAAAUCUUGGGUGGCAUGCUUGUCGUGGACAACAGUCUAAAAGCCCUCGACAUCCGAACACCGUUGUCCGCCGAUGGCUUGCAGCAUAUCUUCCUUGGAUUAUCGCGCAACACGUGUCUCGAAGAACUGAGGGUCAAUUUCCCAUCGUCAAGAUUGACGUCAAGAUCGACGUCACAGAUCGUGGAUUACAUUGUGCUGUGCAUGAGUACCAACUCGACGUUGAAGCUUUUGUCGUUUUACGAGUCUGACGAGGUGCGAUCGGGACUGCUACCGUUGAUUAAAAAAAUGAGGAAAAGUUUUUUUGGCGCGCUGCGGAAAAAAUUAACGGGUCAGAACCGGUGGAUGAAAGUGGAAAAGGCAAAUUUUGGCGGGAAAGGGGUUCCGCCGCCGCCGCCGAAAAUUGGCGGGAAAAUUUCAAAUGUCAGGGAAAUGACGAGUGGGAACCUACCGGCCACUCAGAGUCCGACAGAUGCUAAUCAACUCAGACGUUUAGACGCCUUGUCUGUCCCACAGAUUGACGAUAACGACGAUUGGUUAAUCGCAAGGAAGAGCAGGAGCAGGAGCAGCAGGACGAGCCGCAGGACGAGCAGCAGGAGCAGCAGCAGCAUAGAUGUAGCAGGAAGGCAUGCUAGGUGUUUCUUGAUAGGUGAUCCUGCUGCCGGGAAAACGACGUUGAAGAAGUCAAUCCGACGUGGCAUCACGGGAAGGAGGAGCGGCGACGGCGGCGGCGAUGGCGGCGAUGUCGGGAGGAGCAGCGGCGGCUUAAUUAGUAGUGUAAUCUCGUCAUGGAGACGUCAUCUUCCCGCCAAAAUUGCUGCUGCUGCUGACGUGGACGCUGUCCACAGGGGAGGCAGCGGUUAUCGAUUGACGAAAAGCUGGGAGGGCGCAUCGGUGAGUGUCGAUGUUAUCUCUACGACGAUAGGUCCGGAUCCCGACCAGGCGUCCUCCGGCCUGGUCUCCUCGAUCCCGACCGCCUCGAAAAGGAAAAGCUAUCCCCCCACCCCGGCGGAGGAGGAGGAGGAGGAGGAGGAGGAGGAGGAGGAGGAGGAGUCGCCGUUGUCAUCGGGAUCGCCACCGCCGACGAAAUGCUCGGCGUCAAUUCAGCUCUGGGAUUUUGGCGGGAAAGAAGGCGUUGGGGAUGAGGAAGAAGAUUAUCUGAUUCGUGAUGUCAUACUGCCGACACGUGGCAGCGGAUGCGGCAAUGAUGGUAUUUGCGUAUCGCCCAUUUUCUUGCUGAUGUGUAAUCCUUUCGAAACGUCACCCAUCGAUGGUGCUUCUCGUCAUUCCAACCGUCCACCUCAUCAGGCCAAUCAUCAUCCUCCUCCUCAUCCUCAUCAUCCUCGUCGUCAUCAUGAUCAUCAUAACCAGCAUCAACAGAGCCCUUCGUCCGCUGCAGCGAUGGAGACAACGAAGGAGAGAGUGAAAAAGUGGUUGACAUUCAUUGCAUCUACUGCUAGCUCUCAGACUGCCACGUGCAAGCCUCAUGUUCUCCUUAUCCUUAAUCCUUAUCUUCCGGAUGAUAAGGAUAGAUUGGCAAUUACUCCAUCGCCAGAGUGGCGUCCGAGCGCCGAGAAGUUGUGGGAUGACAUGUCGGAGGAGUUUGGUAAUGAGCUAGAUCUAUCUGUUGACGUCAUCACCCUUGACGCCAGGAGCAUCAUCGAUGUUCAGGAGAAGGUUCUCAGAACUAUCUUCGAUUACAUCCGGCGAUCGCCGUGCAGCAGCCACAAGCCGAAACCGGUGUUGUUGUCAUCAUCAUCGCCUAGCUUAUCCUUAGCCUCAUCCUCGUCAGGCCAUUCAUCAUCUCAAUCAUCUCAAUCAUCGUCAUCCCUGAACGUCCCUGAGAUGCCGCUGCGAAAGCAACCCCAAGCCGUGAUGGUGGAUUCAGUAUCGUGUGCCUCACCCGCUUGGUCAUCACCCUCGCUAUCUCGACGGUCCUUCUCAUCCUCAUCGGGAUCAUGCCACGUGGCAGCACCACCACGCUCAUCGUCCUCCUCGCGGUCGUCAUCGCGGUCGUCGUCUUCGUUCGGUUCGUCUUCGUUCUCAUCAUGGGGAUCCCAACUACAAGAAGCUCAAAUGCUUGACGACCCUUCUUCCCACGUGGCAGCACCGCCACCGUCUGUGGGAACCACCUGUGACGGACAGCAACUGCUUGAAGAAUUGGAUGAACAAGGAUUGCCCCUGACUUCUUGCCACGUGGCAGCACCACCACCGUCUGUGGGGACCACCUGUGGCGGACAGCAGCUGCUUGAAGAAUCGGAUGAACAAGGAUUGCUCCUGGAAAGACAGAAGGAUGGAGGAACAUUGACGGAUGAAAGUGCGGUAGGAGGAGGAGGAGGAGGAGGAGGAGGAGGAGGAGGAGAUGACGUGACAGCCUCUGGGGAGCAGCAGGAAUUGAUAUCUUUGCUGCGGGAAAGAGGGCUGCUGGAAUGGUGCCUGCAGCAGGUCUCGAAUCUCUCGAUAUUUCUGGAGGAAAGAAGAAGGUUCCUGUAUCUGGACGAGGAUAGAGACAGAUUCAUGCGGAGGGGUGGGCAACGAGAGAGAGCAGAAGAAGAAGGUGCAGCGUCUUUGGACACGCGUCUUGAAGAAGGAAAGUUCACUGAGGCUUCAGGUGAUAGAUCGGGCGCUGCAGCCGCUGGAUUCGAGGCAGCGGCAGCGGAAAACGAAACUGGGGGGAACAACAGGAUGGAAGAUGAAAGGAGGGGAAAGUACGAUGAAAGUUCAGCCGAAAGAUCACCCGUGGAACGGCAACGCACCACCACAGAACUGCUGAGACGACUCGUGGAAAGUUGUCUUGAUGGGAAACUGCCCGACAUUUCCGAAGACAGCCUCGGUGCCCUGGGCUUAUCUGAGGAGGAUGGAAAGUACAACGAAAGUCCAUCGAAACUUCGGACGAAAUCUCUUCUCCUGUUGCGAGACGUGCACUCCGAAGUGAUCAGGUGGAAGGCGGCAAACCCACACGUGUCAGUCGUCAGUUGGGAACAGUUCUGCAGAGUCUGCAGCAAAUCGCAGGCGCUCGAUUGUUUCCUCCGACGGUUCGCUGCAUUGCAUACUCUUGCCUGUCAACGUUUGCCCCCUGCUGAUCCUAAAAAUAGUUUGGAUAAGGUUGUGGAUAAGGUUGUUACAGAUAGGGCAGAUGACGGAAAGGCGCCCCCUUGUGAUUCUGAUUCUUCUGGCGAUAAUAACUAUUAUUAUCAUAAUGCUAAUCCUACAGAGAUGGAUGUGGAUAAAGCGACUACCGAGUCAACCCAUCAUCAUCAUCGUCGUGGAGAUGGUACAGUGGAUCCCGCCGAUCAGACGCAGCAGGGGCAUGACACGUGGCUGAUGAUGACGUGGUUGAUGACAUUGAGGUUGACGACAUGGAUGACGACUUCCAUAGCUGGCUACCUUCACGACGUGGGGGAGAUAAUCCAUCAUCCUGCCUUGCCCUAUGUUGUGAUGAAUCCACCUCUUAUCCAUAACUGGAUAAAGGGAAAGUUAAAUUACCUAGCAGAUAUGAAGCAGCUGCUAGCACCUGAGGAGAACCUCGGAGACUUUGUCUCUAAGAUAUUGCCUCAGAGUCCUUACGGUAAUGAUACGAUCUACGUACACCCUCCAUGUGGCGGCGGUGAUCUUGCAGAUUUGUCCACUGCGGUUGUUAAGCAGCACUUUGCCGUAACGAUGCUAAAAAUAGCCUUGGGAUUGAUUACACCCCCUCCUCCUCCGCCGCCUCCUCCACCUCCGCCUCCUCCUCCUCCUCCGCCGUCGCCUCCUCCUCGUCUGCCGCCACCUCCUCCACUGCCGCCACGAGCAACAACAACGACAACCAUGGGAAGAGGAGGACCCAUUACAACUACUGCCCACUGUACUGAUGAGCAAGCAAGGAUGUCAGUUGCAGCUCACGCGUCAUCGAAGACAUCAUCAUUAUCCUCUGUUAUUCAUUCGCACACAGGGGAAUCCGAUGGGGAUCCCGAUCUCAAGGAAGGCAAUGUCUGGACAUCUGGAUUGGAAUCCCAGUCCCAAUCCCAAUCCCAAUCAUCAAAGGCCGCGGCCACUUUGGCUACUCCAUCUGCUUCGUCGCGAUCGUUUGCAUUGUCAGUGUCAUCACCAUCUUGUCCACCAUCACUAUGUCGGGCAUCGCUAUGGCCACCGUCGCCAUGUUCGCCAUUGUCAUUUCCGCCAUUGCCAUGGCCAUUGCUCGAAUCACAAUCAUCAUCAUCAUCACCGUCGAUGCUAUUGCCAUAUGUAACAGCAAUGUCUGCGGCCAGGAAGUUCACGAUGAUGUUAGAGAUGGAGCCAAAGCUGACGCCAAAGGGGAAGAUGACGAAAGAGGAGGUGGUAAAAAGAACUCGACGUUCUGAGAGAAGAUUGUUGGAAGCCAGCGCGGGAGCAAACGGAGGCGCCGGGUGAUUGAGUGUGCUUAUGAAAGUGGAGGGCCAAAUCAGACGAAGACUAGCGGAAGUAGUAAUAUGCUUUAUGAACGU